AUGCCGAAACUUCCACGUUUUUCCACGGAUUGGAAGUUGCAGAAAGACUUUUCAAUACAAACAAAUGCGGAACCGGCAGUGUAUGGCAUAACGCCUGGCGGCGUGUCGUAUACAAGAGAGCAUCAAAGUGAAGCGUCUUUGGCAAAACAAGGCUACAGUGUGCCAGGAAAACGCAUUGAGCCGGUGUUUCCGAAUACGAAUAGGACGAGGAGUGGAGGAGCUGGUGCAAAAACAGUAACAACAGGUACAGGAGGUGGCGCGAAAACAAUUAGUAGAAACAGGUCAUCAUCUGGCGAAAGAAAAACUACCGCGCCGAAUAGAAUAUCUUCAGCAGCUUCCGGUGGAGGACGCAGUGGCCCUUCUCGCGGAGGACAACAACACGCAAUCAACUCUCCCACAGGUCCUGUAAUUUAUCCUCCGAACGUGGUCCACCCCAUCUUCUCAAGUGCCACUAAAAGCCCCAACAAGCACAACAAACAAGCAGAGGAUGCGUGCUUGCAGAUGAAUUUCGAUUCCGAAGCAAAGGGCAUGGGCCAACAGUACAAAACAAAAGGGCUGAACCUCUUCUAUUCUGAGACUGGUCAACAUGAUGAUCAGAAUGAUGGAGAUCUAGGUUUCUACGACACCGCGACCUAUGAGUUUCAUACGGGUCCGAGCACUUCAUCUCACGGUCGACAAAAUAGGAACACAACUGCUGGCACUGGAACUGGUACGAGGUCGGAAAGCAGAACGAGAGCAACGCCUGUAAUAUUCCCACCUAGCCGCGCUGAUGCCAUUGAAAAAACACGUCGUCCACCACUCGAGAACGAACCGCUUCACUUGCGACGAAAUAAGAAUGGCCAUUUGGUAGCAUCUCCACGAACGGUAGCAGGAGGCUCGUCGUCUGCAGAGCAUGUUGCUCGAAAUGGUUCCGCUUCAAUAGGUGGGAACCCAAUGUUUUAUCCUUCUGCUGCCACUUUUACCACAGGACGACGAGCAGCUACUACAACUACCAACAUGACGACGGCGUCAACUACUAAAAAGACACAUGAAGGUCCCUCCACCGCCAUGCUUUUUGCCCGUGGCGAUCUAGGUGAGGAAGAGCCUCCAGACCCUCAUGCCGAUGUCGAAGCUCAAAUGCGGAAAUGCCAGCAACAAGUGCGAGAGUGCACGAAUCGCUAUUUGGAGAGCCGUCUGCAGCUACGACGUGAGGAGGAAGACAGGAAACAGGAA